AUGGGGCGGCGCGGCGGCUGCCGGGCGGCGGGCCUGCUGCUGCUGCUGCUGCGGGCGGCCGGCGGAGACGCGCUGCGGGACGAGGCCGAGGCGGCCCCGCCAGGGAACAGCCGGCCCUACGCCGUGCUCCAGACGCAGAACCUGGGUGAGGAGGCCGGACGCCUGGGUCCCCGAGGGAGAGAGGGCACCCUCCUCGGACGCCUGGGUCCCACGGCCCUGCACCCGCCUUCCACCCCUCCAGUCCUCCGCCUCCCUCGCCUGUCCCAAGCCCAUCACUCCGCGCCCGCCGCUUGCAGGUUCGCCCCCCCCCCCGUAGAAAGGGAGCCCCGGGACUUGGGGGGGGGGGCUUUGCCUGCCUCCCCACUUCCAUCCCUGUGAUUCCUGGCUCAGUUCUCUUUGCAGGGCCAAAGACCUUCUCUAGCCAAGGGCUGGCAGGAUGAACUGGUUUGCCCUUAGCAGCCGGGACCAGGGAAGGAGGAGGUAGCCCCUGCCUGGGAUAGACUAGAUGGCCUCUGGGACACCCUGCCUAUGCUGGGGGGGGGGGGGAUGAAAAGCCAUGGGAAAGCCAGACUCUGUGGACCCUGCAUGUCUUUUUUUUUAUACCAGAGGAGCCUGCUGGAUCAGGCCAGUGACCCAUCCAGUCCAGCAUCCUGUUCUCACAGGGGGAAACUGGCAAGUGAGACCUGAGCGCAAGAGCCCUUUUCUCUCCUGCUGGCAACUGGCAUUCAGAGGCCUUGGUGCCUCCUGGGCUGGCUCUCAGCACUGAGCUUCCUUUCUUGAAUUGUUUUGCCUCCCAGCCCAAUUGUGACUUAAAUGUGCUGAGAUUUACACCUCACUGUCAGAAAGUUGCAUCAGUAGUAAGUUGUACUAUUCCUCUCCCGCUUGCCUGUUGGGGUUUCCUUCUAUCCUGUGAAGAAGACUUCCAAAUGUGUUCCUCAUUAUGCUUCUGAGAAUCCCCACAAUCAGGUUGCUGGUCAUUUUGGCUGUUUCUUUUCCCAGCCAGGCUGGGGCUCCCAGCACUUUCUCCUCACCCUGCCAGGCAGUUCCUGGCCCGGCUGCAUUUACUUGCAGCCAGGAUGGGGCCAGCAAGGAUUGCAGACUGGAAUUUCCCCAUUGACAGCCCCUGACAGAGUCCAACAGAAUCUGGAGGGCUACAGGUUUCCUGUUUCUGCUCUAGCAGAUGCUCAGUAGGAGCACUGGUUCUUCUUGUGCCCAAGGAUGAGAGCGAGAGUCCAAGGAAUUCUGAAAAUGGGAGGAAUUGGUAGCGAAGGUUGGAAGGCACUGUGAGUGAUUGGCCUUUGAGGGCUCCUACGUGCUGUGGUCUAAACCACAGAGCCUAGGGCUUGCCGAUCAGAAGGUUGACGGUUUGAAUCCCCACGAUGGGGUGAGCUCCCGUUGCUCGGUCCCUGCUCCUGCCAACCUAGCACUUCGAAAGCACGAAGGGCAAGUAGAUAAAUAGGUACCACUUCGGCAGGAAGGUAAACGGCGUUUCCGUGUGCUGCUCUGGUUUGCCAGAAGCAGCUUAGUCAUGCUGGCCACAUGACCAAUAAAGCGAGAUGAACGCCGCAACCCCAGAGUCAUCUGCGACUGGACUUAACGGUCAGGGGUCCCUUUACCUUUAGGGAGCUUCACGGUCGAGUGGAGAUUUGAACCCUAGUCCUAUUCCCAGCCUGUAACUGCACCCUGUAUCUCCCAGCUCCUGCUCUUCAGAGAGCAGCGUGCCCUGUAGACUGAAUCAGUCCCUGGCUGCCCUCCUCCAUGCCUUAUCAGCCCAGGCUCUCGCUCUUCCUUUCUCUUGCAGUUCUGAUGGGAAGUGUCUUUGGCAUCCUGCUCAUCGCCAUGAUCCUGCUGUCUGUGUGUGUGUACAAGCCCAUUCGCCGGAGGUAG